AUGUACGUAUCUGCUGCAGUAGGACUGGGAGUCUCUGCUGAAAGCAUCAUAAUUGCCCACUGUUUAAGGUUUCCAUCCAGGUUCUUUGGAAUGAGAGUUAAGAAAAAUUGGCUUCACAUUUAUAUUUGGUUUAAUGCUCAUUUCCUUUCUGGAACUCUUGUUUCUGCAUCUACUGACAACACACUGAAGGUUUGGGAUCUUAACAAGACAAGUUCCAAUUCUUUAUCAAGAGACACCUGUAGCUUAACUCUUAGAGGGCAUACUGAUGAGAAGAACUUUGUGGGUUUAUCAGCUGCUAAUGGAUAUAUAACAUGCGGCUCAGAGACAAAUGAGGUGUUUGCCUAUUACAAAUCUCUGCCCAUGCCAAUUACUGCACACACAUUUGGCUCCAUUGAUCCCAUAACUGGCAAAGAGACUGAAGAUGACAAUGAACAGUUUGUUUCGAGUGUUUUCUGGAGAAGGAAAUCAAAUAUGGUGGUUGCUGCCAAUUCAUCUGGGUGUAUACUUCUGCAGAUGGUUUAGAAAUACUGCUUGUCCCAUUAUCAGCUGUGGCAUUUCAAUAAUCUUGACCCCUCAUUAGUGAAGCAUCUACGCGUUUUACGGUAGCUUGAUCAUCUAUCAUUUCAAUCUUUCUUUGGAAAGAAUAUACUUGAAAAUUCAUGUUUUCAGCUGAAAAGUGAAGCUUGUAUCUUGCUGGCCUCUAUAUUAUCUGUUAUGGUUUAUGUAGUAGGGCUUAAGCUGAAUCCUUAUUUGGGAAUGGAGUUGCACUUUUGUUUGGCUGCUCAAAGAUAUAAAGUCUUCUGAGUCUACAGUGGCAAUGUUUUAUGAAGAUAAAGGGAAAGAUCUACAUGGCUUCCAGAAAACUUUCUGAAGUGGGUGACUUUUUCAAUUGUUUUCACAGAAGUUGCUUAAAAAUGAAACAACAGCAGCCAAUUCAUGUGAAUUAUCUCCUUUGUAAUAGAAUUUGAUUGUUCAGAUUACAAUCUAGUCAGUGGUCGAGAUAGCAUGUUCAGAGUUAUUCACUGUAUAUUUACACGGUAAAGAAGUUUACAAGCGUAGCCUUUAUAAAACUGUGUUUAGCUGUUGUAUAUGCACUCCUAUUCUUACUCCUUAGUUGAAAGUGGAAAGUAAACUGCA